AUGCUGUGUGGCAAUGGUUUAAGAACGGGUCAACAAGUUCAUACUACUGUAUAUCUACGCAUUAUCUAUCUUAGUCAAUUCCUAUCUAUCUGUCUAUCUAUUUCAGUCUAUUCAUCUAUCUAUUUAUCUAUCUUAUCAAUUCCUAUCUAUCUAUUUAUCUAUCUAUCUAUCUAUCUAUUUCAGUCUACUCAUUAUCUAUCUAUCUUAGUCAAUUCCUAUCUAUCUAUUUCAGUCUACUCAUUAUCUAUCUAUCUAUCUAUCUAUCUAUCUCAGUCUACUCAUUAUCUAUCUAUCUAUCUAUCUAUCUAUCUAAGUCUACUCAUUAUCUAUCUUAGACAAUUCCUAUCUAUCUAUCUAUCUAUCUAUCUCAGUCUACUCAUUAUCUAUCUUAGUCAAUUCCUAUCUAUCUUAUCAAUUCCUAUCUAUCUAUCUAUCUAUCUUAGUCAAUUCCUAUCUAUCUAUCUAUCUAUCUUAGUCAAUUCCUAUCUAUCUAUCUAUCUAUCUAUCUCAGUCUACUCAUUAUCUAUCUUAGUCAAUUCCUAUCUAUCUAUCUCAGUCUACUCAUUAUCUAUCUAUCUAUCUAUCUCAGUCUACUCAUUAUCUAUCUAUCUAUCUAUCUCAGUCUACUCAUUAUCUAUCUAUCUAUCUAUCUAUCUAUCUAAUCUACUCAUUAUCUAUCUAUCUAUCUAUCUCAGUCUACUCAUUAUCUAUCUAUCUAUCUAUCUAAGUCUACUCAUUAUCUAUCUAUCUCAGUCUACUCAUUAUCUAUCUAUCUAUCUAUCUAAGUCUACUCAUUAUCUAUCUAUCUCAGUCUACACAUUAUCUAUCUAUCUAUCUAUCUAUCUAAGUCUACUCAUUAUCUAUCUAUCUCAGUCUACUCAUUAUCUAUCUAUCUCAGUCUACUCAUUAUCUAUCUAUCUAUCUAUCUAUCUAUCUAUCUAUCUAAGUCUACUCAUUAUCUAUCUUAGACAAUUCCUAUCUAUCUAUCUAUCUAUCUAUCUAUCUCAUCAAUUCCUAUCUAUCUAUCUAUCUAUCUUAGUCAAUUCCUAUCUAUCUAUCUAUCUAUCUAUCUAUCUAUCUCAUCUACUCAUUAUCUAUCUUAGUCAAUUCCUAUCUAUCUAUCUCAGUCUACUCAUUAUCUAUCUAUCUAUCUAUCUAUCUAUCUAUCUAUCUCAGUCUACUCAUUAUCUAUCUAUCUAUCUAUCUCAGUCUACUCAUUAUCUAUCUAUCUAUCUAUCUAUCUAUCUAUCUAAUCUACUCAUUAUCUAUCUAUCUAUCUAUCUUAUCUACUCAUUAUCUAUCUAUCUAUCUAUCUAUCUAAGUCUACUCAUUAUCUAUCUAUCUAUCUAUCUAUCUCAUCUACUCAUUAUCUAUCUAUCUAUCUAUCUAUCUAUCUAUCUAAGUCUACUCAUUAUCUAUCUAUCUAUCUAUCUAUCUCAGUCUACACAUUAUCUAUCUAUCUAUCUAUCUAAGUCUACUCAUUAUCUAUCUAUCUCAGUCUACUCAUUAUCUAUCUAUCUAUCUAUCUAUCUAAGUCUACUCAUUAUCUAUCUAUCUAUCUAUCUAUCUCAGUCUACACAUUAUCUAUCUAUCUAUCUAUCUAAGUCUACUCAUUAUCUAUCUAUCUCAGUCUACUCAUUAUCUAUCUAUCUAUCUAUCUAUCUAAAGUCUACUCAUUAUCUAUCUAUCUAUCUAUCUAUCUCAGUCUACAUUAUCUAUCCUAUCUAUCUAUCUAAGUCUACUCAUUAUCUAUCUAUCUAUCUAUCUAAGUCUACUCAUUAUCUAUCUAUCUAUCUGACUAUCUAUCUAUCUAUCUAUCUAUCUAUCUAUCUAUCUCAGUCUACCCAUAUCUAUCUAUCUAUCUAUCUAUCUAUCUAUCUAUCUAUCUAA